AUGCCAGAGCUAACUCCAGAGGUGCUCAAGAUUCUUGUCACCCACAUCAUGGGAAAUAUCAAUGCUGGGACUUACUCAAAAUUCCUGGGUGAGCUGAUUUCACAAGCUACUCUGUCAGUGCUGGAAAAUGUUGGUGAGCUGCAAAUGCUUGUGGAUAACAUCAUUGAGCUCCAGUUGCCCUGUGCUAAAGAAGUGCUUAGAGCUGUCAUUCCACUAAUCAAGUUGUCCAGUCCAUUAAAGAAUUCCCUGCUUAUGGCUCUGCGCAAAGGCCUCUACCGCCCAACAUUGGAGGCAAAGCAAGUUGGAGCAGUUGGAUUCCUAUUGCUUCUGAAGCAUUUUCAGGUCAUUGGUUCCUUCAACUUGAAUUGCAGCCAGUCAUCCUUUUCUCAGUCUUCUCAUUUCUCCUCUCAAUCAGUGUUUUCCCUCACCCAGGUGCAAGCAGAAGUGCAUGGAGAAACUGAUCCAAAGCACAAUCGAGCUUUGUGCCGUGAGAUGCUAGGCAUCUUGCAGAGAGCAAUGCUCAGGAGCCCAGGUAUACGGGAAAUCAUUUAUCAAGGGUUGAGGGGAGCUUUGUCACGUAAUCAACGGCUGUGUGGCCCUGUCUUAAGUUUAUUGUGCAAUCAAUUCCACUCACUAUACAUUGAGGGAGAGGCUGUACCCCCAUUCCAUCUGGAUCUUUGCUUAGCAAUGGAUAAAGAUGAGCCUGUCGUUUUGGUAGGAGAUCAUUACAUCUUGAAUGGUGACAGUAGUUCGGAACCUCUAGGAGAGAUGCUGAGUCUCAUGUUCCAUUGCUUGAAGUGGCAUGGAUCUGAAGCACAAGGGGAAGAGGAAAGUGAAAGCAGUGAAGAUGUGGAGGCUGUUGGAGAUAGUGAAUGUGUAAAAACAAGAAUGUUGGGUUCUCAGUUUGGCCUCACUCAAGCUCCUGGAGCCUUCCAGGAAGUUUCUGAGGAGCUCAAAAGCUUACGAGAGAGGCUCAUUUCUUGUGAGCUCAAUGAUCUCCAUCUGGAUCCAAAUGCUAAUUACAAUUCAACUACCCAUGUUGGCCUUCUGAAUGUCAUGAAAGCAAGACUGGUGAUGAAUGUAUGUGAGGCCCUCAUGGAAGGAAUGUGGCUAGAGUGUGGACUCAACAUGACAAGAGAUGAGGCCAAUGACCUUCUGAAGUUGCAUGCUCUCCGACGGCGAAUUGACAGCACCUUGAAAGAGGCUGUGGCCAAGCCAGGAAAAAAGAAAAAGAAAGAGGAACAAGAAGGAAAAAAAGUGGCAACUAAAUUAUUGCCUUAUGUUCCUUUGAUGUCCUUGAGGUCUCUUGCACAAAUGAUACAAGCCAUCCUGUCGGAUGAGAAUCCACAUCAUCAAGAGCCACUAGAGGUGUGGAAAUGUAAUUUGGGAUUUCUGGACUUCUUGCUGAAUUCAACUCUCCUGCACCUGAAGCAUUUUCCUUCCCAAGAAGACAUUCCUUUUAAGCUCCUCUGUGAUUUUGGCAGAUUCCUGUUGAAGUGGUGCUCAGAUGCCAUGGAUGAUACUGAUGAAGUUACCCAACAGCAGAUGGCCCAAGGCUUGGAAAUCCUCAGUCAAAUAGUACACCUCAUCCAGGCCACUCACAGGCGAAAACUGUGCAUCCUCUUUUGUGCUCUUGUCGAGACCAAUGCAGAAGGCUAUGAAGGCCAUGGAGAGGUCUUGAGAAUCUUACAGAAGUUCCUGUUGCAAUUACUUCGAGAUAGAGAAGAAGGAAAACCCAAAGAUGCCAUACCAGUAGUAGAUAUCAUGAAUGUUAUUCUCAAUGAUAUCCCUGCAGAGGAGAAGCUUUUCAAGAAGAGUUGCAGUUGGCUUGAGCGCCUGUGCCAAGAAGUCAAGGUGGAUGACUCCCAAGUGAGCAAGGUUGUAGUGAGCUCAUUGUUGCGUCUCCUUAUCCGUUGCAUUGGAAGUCCAUCAGCAUUUCAGACAAUAGCAAAGCGGCUACACUAUCUUACAGGAAACUUGAAUGAUGAUGCUGAGGCUGAGAAGGAGGAUGGGUUCCUAAUGAUAAAAAUUAAUGAUGUGCCUGGCAUGUGCUCUCUCUUUGUUGGGACAUUGGAAAGAGUUUUGUCAUAUGUUGAAUGGGUCCUUAGUCAAGCCAGGGCAACCAUUGAUGUUCAAGAUGUUGGAGAAACCUCCAGCUCCACUUUCCAGUCACUUGAGCAGGGAAUGUGUGGCCAAUUGGGCAUGGUUUAUUCCUGCUGUGUGGAGUUGGUUGAAUGUUCUCUACCAUUGUCGUGCUGUGAUUCUUUCUUCAAGCUCCUGUCUCAUUUCUAUAAGACACACACAGCCAUAGCUCGUUACUACAUGGAAGUCUUCCGCAAGCGUAAGAAGGAUCAUCAAAUUUGCCCCAGGUUUGAGAAGCUGGUGUCUUGUUGCUGUCAAAAACUGACUCCUUUAGUGUAUGCCUUCAUCACCUAUGCAGAGGCAAGUCUGUCAUGUCAUUUAUGCUCUCAGUCUAGAUCUGCAACUCAGCGAGAAAGUGAAAUGGGGAAAAAGCGGAAACCAGAGUUGGCCAAAGCUCGAGUACUGAAGGAGACACGCAGUAUCCCUGCAUUGGUUUUUGCUCUAGAGCAGUUUGAAAAGUGCAUAAUGGGGCUGUCAAAGAAAUCAAAGGUGGAUAUGUGGAAGCAGCUGCAGCUGGGAGUAGCCAGGGAUUUCCGAAUCAAUGGCUCUAAGGUUCAGGCUGCACUCCAGCAACUGGAGCCUUUGGGAACACCAAGCUCAAUCUCUCCUGAACAGAUGGAGACAGACAUUGGUGGUGAUGACAAUAGAGAUGAAAGGGCUGCAUCACCUACUAUAGGGGGUCCAGCACAAAAGAGGAGAAGGAGAAACUGAGUGUCUAAAGGAUUUUCUGCAUUGGGAAUUGAUUGAUAUGUGCCAUGUCUUUUUUUUUAGUGGCAAUUGUAUUUUGAACUUGAAACACUCUUUUCAUUUACUUGAUAUUGUACUGAAAGAAUCAAUUUAUAAGAUAUUUGGUGUUCCCAGGCU